CAGCUGGCUUGGGUGUCAGAUGACUUACGAGGGCGCACUAAUUCCGCAUGGAUACAGCUACUUGUGGAGCUUGUCAUGAAUGCUACCCAAGGUCAACGCAAGGCCACUCCAAAACCCACACCUUCACCACCACAAAUCAGCACCACCUCACAACAGAUCUUGCUCUAUGCAGACCCGAAUGUAGUGGGGGAUGUGCCAAACGGCCUAGCUGCGACAUUUGCUCCCCUUCAGCGCCAAGUCUGGAGCAUGGCAUCUAUGUUUGGUGGCGUGGCAGUGACCUCGCUGGCUAACGGCCUGACUGACAAGAGCUUUCAGGAUGCGCUGGUGGAUGUUGAUUGGGCACCUGUCCUGGUUAUUCCUCCUCGGCGUGGAUCAGGCCUUACUGGAUAUGAAAACAUGACACAUAUUCAGCGUUAUUUGAAGGCUGGCGGCAUUGUGGUUGUGGUGGGCACCUUUCGCACUGUGUCUCCCUUUGACCCAGACGGAUUGGAUGCCCGCGAGCUAGCAAGUUUAUUUAUCCAGGCUCAGUCAGACAGCACAGGUACAUGGCCGGCUGGAUUCGCCAGCUACUGCAACCUGGGGAAACAACAGGACACGGCGGCAUACAUGUACCAGCAUUGCUGCAGUCCUACCAGUAUCUUGGUUGAAGAAAGCGCCGAUGCGCAGUAUGUUGCCGGACAAACCAUUCGAUCAGCUAACUGGCCUCGGGACACCAGUUCCCUACCAAAUAUGGUACCUGGCUCCUCGUGGCCACUGAGAGGCUGUGACACUGCAAGUACUGGCGGCCAGUCCGUGUACAUGUAUGACUGGACCAGCGAAACGUACGGGUAUUCCAAAAGUGCCAGCGCUGUACACGCUUGGUCUGUGGGCUCAGCAGGCGGUAAACUCUUCUACCUGGCGUAUGACUGGUCUGCGGGCGAGAACACCGCGUGGGGCCAGGUGCUGCUGGCGAUCGCACGGAUGGUGUACCGGCGCUUUGGUGAGGUGCCCCCCGCUCCUGCACCUCUGCGCCCGCCCAGCCCUGCACCACCGCCUGACAACUGCAAUGGCGACCCACUGCUGCCACCGGGCGUGUUGGCCCCGGGCGGCCAAACUGUCAGCUUCAUGCGCUAUGCUGAGCCAAGCGUUCGGUACGACGACGUCUGCUCCGGUCGCCGGUUCAGGCUGGUGUGCCGUGCUGGCAGGUUCUACGACGCCACCACCAACAAGCUCAUCGACAGCGAAUCCGUGCUGGACCUCUUCCCUGCCGAGAACUGCUACCAGCGCUGCAACCCUGCAGCUCCCGAGGUGGCGGAUCUGGGCCUGACAGCCGAUGAUGACUAUGACGUGGGUCAGAGCGUGUCGUACACACGCUAUGCGGCGGCAGAGGUGGCGUACGAUGGCACGUGCCAGGCGGAGACACUGUUGCGCACCUGCCAGCUGCCACAAGCGGGGUCGGCGGGUGUGACGGCCAUGGUGUGGUCUGCGCCAAUUGGGAAGCCCGGCUUCACGUUUAAGACUUGUUUGAAGCAGCCCAACCCUGCAGGUCGCCACUAGAAAGGCAGUCACUUAGACAGGGCAGCAGGGCACGAUCGGCUAUGAGCAUACCUAUGGUGCCGAUGUGUUGUGGACUGAAUUUGCAAUAAUGAAUAUGGAGGUAGGAGCAUGGUCGUAGCUGGCUGCUGGCUGGUAGCCUGGGACAAUUAAAGGCAGUAGCUUAGUGCCAUGGUAGUUGUGGUGUAGCAGGUGAGCAUUACCCUAGCUACGUAAAAAGAAAGAUGGGAUUAAUAAUGUUAGUUUGGGCAUGUGUGAUGAGAACGUACCAUUUGUGUAGCAGGUGAGCAUCACGCGGAGUGCACUUGCUGCAUUGAACGUACAAUAGUUUUUGAAGGAGGGCAAGCAAAGGAACGAGGAGCCACCCCUAUUCUGCGGGGGGGGGGGGGGGGACAAUUGGGUAAGAGGUGACUUGUCAUGUACCGUGUCAUCAUUUAUUUGCGGGAUCAGUGACCCUGCCUGGAGCGUUUGGUGAAACUUUGCGGCAAGUGCGUGCCAAGUGUGUGACUUCUGCAGCGGCGUGUUGGGAUGAUAAGGACCGGCCACAGUUAGGGCCAGAGGGGCACAUGCCGCCUGUGCAUUGAUUUCUCGCCCACUCACCCUGCUGCUGGAGAUGCGCUGGACACGGUUUCUGUGCGUUUUGUUGCUUUUUAGCGGGGAGGGGGGGGGUAGUUGCUGCCCGGGCGCGGCUGUUGGAUGGCCGGGCAGACAGUAGAUAUGAUAUACCAAUGGUGAGACCACUGGGCCGGGACUGUUGGGGACCUAGAUGGUGAAUGGUACCUAGGCCCCAGAACGGCGCGGCUGCAUAGCCCCAUGCUUCUAUUGCUGCCCGCCCCAGGAGUGAACAUCACAUUCCAUGAUUGGAUGGUGAGUUCAAUGCACGGGAAAGCACCAGCAGAAAAAGGAAAUACAUGUCUGCGGUGUAGGUUGCAGUGUAGAAUGGAUACAAUAAAAUUAAAAGGUGUGUUUAGUCAGGGAGCAUGGAAGUUUGUUAAGGAUCUGUCAGGGGGUAGUAGAAGCUCAGAAUCUUAAUUACCCCAUGCCUCCAAAGUGUCGAGUUCAGAAAAGCAUUACACACGUACCUUUAAUGAGGAAGUCCUGAGCCGCCAAAGUUGAAGUUUCGGACACUGUCCCUGGGGUUCCGCCAGCAGGUUUUGAUAGGGAUGGGCAGAUUUCGGGAGGCGACCCCCAAGCAGAACUACUAGGGGCAAAUUAUGCACAUUUAUAGAAAUGAUCAGGUGUCUCAAUUUUGGUUGGGGCGUACCCGACGCGGGAAUUCUUCGCU